AGCAUCCAGCAGCGCCGCGAUCCAUUCAAGUUCAAACCCUCGACCAAAGCAGCCUCCAAGCGUAGCCGGGUCCGGGUCAUUGAUGCCAGCGAUACCAGCCCCAGCACAAAUGGCGCCGCUCCUGGCAUACAGACCACCGUACUGUAGCUCACUGGGCAUGUCGUCUGGGCCGCCGCCCGCUGCGUUCAUGCGGUCACCGAUGGCGUCGGCAACAGUGACACCAAAUUACGCCGACCGCACACUCCCGCCGAUUCUGGCUGCACCGGCUACUGCGCCCAUGACUCUGCAUCGCAGCGAUGUGCUGGAUUCCGCGCCAUUGACGCCAACCAGGAAUCCGCUACAGCACCUCGGGUCGUCCUCGCCGCCGAGCAGCAGCAUGGUAGGCAUGUCGCCUACAUACAAGGCGCUAUUUACCAACGCAGGCGCAGGAAGCAACCGGGUGUUUGGAUCCGGGUCGAACAGCGACGACACCGCUGGGUUUUGAAUAAAGCGAACAUUUGUACAUUGCAGCUGCCGCUAUAGUGGACCCACGCCAUUGACAUCUGCACAAAAAAUGGUCUGAUCUGUCGAGCUUGUGCCAUAGUGAAA